AUGGCUCGGUCACAAAUUACCCGUUGUACAACGCUCCUGUUCCUCUCUCUCCUCUGCCUUUUCCCUGUCGCUUUUGCCCAGACUGGUCCUUCCAAGAUCGCAUGUCCCCAGAAUCUUGUUCGGUCGGCUGGCCCUGCUGCAGCACACGUUCUCUCUGCUGAAGAACGCUCUUACAUCUCCGGGCGCAUGCAGAGCGUCCUCCCAGACGCAUGGAGAACGUACCUUGCCUCUGUCCGUGCCGUGCUGCCCCCUGGUACCAAACUUCCCUCGUAUGUAUCCGAAAUCCUCGACCCCAAACAACCUAAACAACCCUUCAUUCCCACCCACCCUGCUGAUCUGCCUAAGCUUGGAAUUGCGCUUUCUGGUGGAGGCUUGAGGGCAGCCUACUUUGCCGCAGGCGUGCUUACUGCAAUUGAUGGCCGGAAUACAACACACCCUACGGGAUCUAAUGGAUUGCUUCAAGCAGCUACAUACUUAGCUGGGCUCUCAGGCGGAGGUUGGUUCACCACAGCACUGGUGCAAGCCAGCCUCCCCACCAUUCCUGAGCUCGUAUUUCCUCCCAACGCGCCUGCGCCAAACACCCACUUUGGUGGGUUCCUUAGCGACCUCGACAUUAUCACCCCAGGAGCAGACGAUGCGCAGAACAAUGCAUACUUCCAGGCAGUGCUCAGUGAGCUCGCACCAAAGGUUGCCGCGGGCUUGCCGGUAACAAUGGCAGACGCGUGGACGCGAAUGAUUGCAAGGCACUUCGUGAAUGGCACGACGGCAGAGACGAUUCUAAACCCCGGGUUGCAUGGCGAUGGGAUUACGUUCAGUGGACUACAGAAUCUUCCAAGCUUCAACGCACACACCCAACCCUUUCCCAUCAUCCUCUGGAAUGCGAUCCCCCCGGCGCUCAUUGACAAUCCCAACGAUCCCCAGCAGCUUGCAGACAUCGUGCCCGGGAACACUGUCCCUGUCGGGAGCGAGAUUUGGGAGGUUAACAUGUUUGAAACGGGCUCCUGGGACCCCACGCUCGCGUCCUUUAUUCCUACGCGUCUGCUUGGAUCAACCCCAGCCUUCGGGGCAGGCCGAAGCAAGACCGACGCGCAGUGCUUUGUCGGUGUCGACCAGGCAGCAUAUGUCGCUGGAAUUAGCAGUAAUGUGUUCAAUGGGUUCAAUACAACAACAAAUCUCCUCCCCUUUACACUAAUAGGCACGUUAAUCAAUGCCAUCAAUGCAACGUUCCCAUCACCUUUAAGCGUGCGUCUAGACUCGGCAGCGCUGCCCAAUCCUUUCAAGGGUGUUAAUGCUCGCACGUACCCUUCCUCGUCAGAAUCCUUCCUCUCCCUCAUUGACGGCGGUUCCAAUGGGGAAGUGCUGCCUCUGCAACCUCUCAUCAUGCGCUCACGCGGUGUAGAUGUCAUCUACGCAGUAGAUGCCCCCGCGGACUUGCCAACCUCCUACGCCAAUGGCAGCGACAUAGUCAACACCGCCGCCCGCGCAAAGCGCUUCUCGUCCGAGCGGCUUUACCCUUUCCCACGCGUACCUGCCUCACCUCAAACAUUCGUAGACAGAGGGCUCACUCUUCGCCCGACAAUCUUUGGCUGUCUCCCGGAAGACGAACGAAUUGGAGCGCCGAUUGUUGUAUACAUCGCAAACGGGGGUGCAAGUGCGGAGAAGCGGGCAAAGGGGGAGCCAGGCGUGACUGGUGUUCCGACGGGGCAGACUGCAUACUCGAAUGAGUUGGCUCAGGCGUUCAUGGACGAAUCGUUUGAUAUUGCAACUCAGGGUCUUGGGCUCAACUCGACGUCUAUAACUGCAGGACAGCAGUGGAGCACCUGUUUGGCGUGUGCGGUUGUUGACCGUGCCCGUGCGAGGCGUGGAGACAAGAGGGAAGGUGUCUGUGUAGAGUGCUUUAACAAUUAUUGUUGGGAUGGUCGAGAGUGA